AUUGAUUUCCCUAACUCAUCACAAGCUCCACAUAAGCUCCACAUGAGCUCCACCUAAGCUCCACACCAGAACAGACUUCAGGACUGGCAUCCGGGAUGAUCAGAAUCCCGUCACUGCCGAUGUCGUGGGCACGCUUCUGUCCAUGGAAGUGGCCAAGAAGUAACGAUCUCCCCCUCGAGCAACGUAUGCGUCGCUACCAGCUGGCGUAUGGAGCAUCCAGUUUCGCGACGGGACCCGCCUUUGGAGGCUACGCUUCUUAUGUUAGCUUUCAAAUACAAAACAUUGGCUACCUCAUCGGGCACGAGCCCGGUAACGCUCCCGGUAGCGGCUGCGAUUUUUUUGCCACUACCUGUCUUGUGCCGAUGGCCGGCGCGGGCGACAUCAACCUCACUUCUUUCAUCCUUUACCUCAACGCAAUCUCCUAUGCCGUUUCUGGGGCUUUGGUUUUUAUUGUUGCUGGCAUCGGUGAUUACACAGAUUACAAGCGGGAGCAGUACAUCUUCUUCAUCAUCGUCUACGGCGCGCUCUGCCUUCCAAUCACGGCCCUCACCGGCUACUCAACGAGCAUCUAUAACACCUUAGCUGGCCUCUACGUUGUCUUCAACAUCAUCGGCUUCCUUGUCCAGGUAUGGGGCAAUAUCUUCAUCCCUUACUGCAUGCGUGAGAUGCACGAAGAAGCGUCCGAGAGCAAGAAUGUUGAAGUUGAGGCGAGCACCGAAGGGAAUCUGGUCGUUGCAGAGCAGAUGCACGCUACAGUUAGCACACGCAUGGAUCGCGAGAUCCGAGGCGUGCGCAUGAGUAUCUGGGGUAGCAACUCUCUCAACCUGAGUAUCCUAAUAUUCUAUGUGGUCGUCAUAUGCCUCAUCGUCGCUUCCGCUACGACUGCGGCGGGCCUCACCAUGACAACUGUGGCUGGUGCAGUCUGCCUUUUUUUGGCGCUUGUUGCCUGGCCGUUCCUUCCAAGCCCAUCCGGACGGCCACUUCCUGAAGGAAAGUCUUGGUUCAUGCUUCCUUUCACGACGUUUGCACAGAUGUUUCAGGCUGUCUAUCGCUACCCGGACGCCUUCCGCUUCCUUUUAGCUUACACCAUCUAUAACGACACUCUUUUCGCCUUUGGCACUGUGACCGGCACGCUUUUCAACCUCACCUUCCGACCCAGCCUGCUGGAGUUCACUGGCUACUCGAUGGUUGGGCCUGGCGUAUCUAUCAUUGUUGGCACUGCUUGGCGCUACAUCUUCCCUCGCACCUCCCUAACUCUACGCCAUUGGGCGAUCAUCAGCUACUCCAUCGUCGCAUUCAUUGCCUUUUGGGCAAUCCUCGGCAUGUCACCCCACAUUGCAAUUGGUUUCAAGCAACGCUGGGAGUUCUACCUGAUGGCGGUCCUGCAGAACGCUGCCGGCGCUAUCGUUUCGCCUCUCUUCCGCGUCCUCUUCUCUGAACUCUUUCCCAAAGGAUCCGAAAUUCGAUUCUUUGGUUUCCAGCUCGUUCUCUCGUGCUCUACGACCUGGAUUCCUCAGGUCAUCAACGGUCCUAUCGUCAACGCAACCAAUAAUAUCCGACUUCCGGCAGCGGUGUGUUUGCCCGCCUUCCUGAUCUGCAUUGCCCUCGCAUGGUGGACCGACGAUGUGCGGGGCGCUGCCCUGGUGGAGAGUGAACGUCACCAAGAUGAGGAGCAGCGGGCAAGGGGUCCUGAACCUCUGCUCACGCGAGGGCCAAAGCUAAAAAAUUGAUCAGAGAAUCUGGCCUAUCAUCUCGAAUGUACUUUGCUCUCCUAAUCAUGUUCCUCUCCACUCCCUUUAAUCAUGUU